CCCCAUUCGAACCUCGCAUGAUUUUGAGAGCGUUUUGUUUUAUUGUUUUGGGGAACAGCGACAACAGCCUAAUGUCUAUCUGAAUUAAUUAGCACGACUUCCUGACCCAACUCGUGUCGUGACUGGGUGCAGAAAGUGUUUUUCCAUCCCCGAGGAAGUUUCAAAAUGCAAGACCGGAGGAAGAGUGACGUAUCCCUUCCAGGUCAAGAAGAGAGCCCUAUAACACGGGCGCGACGGAGCACGAAACGAAGCCGGACAGGCUGUCUCACUUGCAAAUUCCGAAAAGUCAAAUGUGACGAGGCGAAGCCCGAGUGCAAUCGUUGCCGAGUCUUUGGUAUUGGAUGCGAUGGCUACGAGAAACAAGUAUCAAGCUCGAGUUCCCCCCGGCUGCCUAUAUUCAAGAAUGGAGCAUCUUACUAUAAUUCCCUCCUUGCGCUGUCGCCAUCCGAGGCACUGCACUUCGAGUGCGAGGCGGAGCAAAGACACUUCUACACUUUCCAAGCAGAAACCGCCCAAGAGAUUUGCGGGAUCUUCGAGUCUGUCUUCUGGCAACGACUCGUUCUCCAAGGCUGCUACCAGGAGAGAUUCGUUCUUGAUGCUGUCAUAGCUAUCAGUGCCUAUAAUACCUCGCUGAAGCUACGCAAAGGUGGAUGGCAAGAUGAAGGGUGCCUUGCGACUGCAGCAGCACAAGCGCAGUUCGCGUUACGAAAGUACCAAGACUCCCUGCAGGUUAUGAGAACAUCUCUGAGCGAGACACCGAGUCCGCGGAAAGCACUGAUGGCAUGCCUCCUCGUGUGCAGCUUUGAAGGCCUCUUUGGCAACACCGUCACUGCUCUUACACACGCUAGAAGUGGGCAAACCUUGGUGGAAAACUUUCUGGCGGAGCAUCCACAUCCGGCCCCCGAAGGAGAAGGCAUCACUUCUCCGGCACCUCAUAUAAUCGAAGACAAGCUUCUCCAAGCCGCCUCCUAUUUCGAGACUCAGAUUAUUGGUUUAUUCGAUGGGAGGUGUCCAGGCGAUCAUGCCACGUUGAAGAUGGAAGGCAAAGAGACGAUCGCUCGUAUGCCAAAGACUUUCAAGGACCUGGAGGAGGCGUGUGCAUACUGGGAUCUUGUUGCUAGAAGAAGCAUGCAUUUCGUCUGCGAAUACAGGCCAGACAGCCACAGGGGAUUGGAUCCAUAUUCCGAUUACGAAAGUGGCGAACUGGUCAGUAUAACAAAAGUUAUUCCGGAUACCAAGGCGAUUACCGUUGAUAGUCCUCUUGGAAAAGAACUUCUUGAUCGCUACCAGUGCGACCGGAAGAAGUACUCAGACGAUAUUACAAGAUGGUCAGCAGCGUUCAGCGACCUCUACUCACGACUCAAACGAACAACCAAUAAACGGCAAAUCAUGGGCGCACACACCCUCUACGUCAAAUCAAAGAGUAUGGAAAUGGGGGUCGGCUCUGCCAUGGAAGAUGGGAUGUGUUCUCACGACAAAUACUUCUCCCACUUCCGUGAGAUCGUCACUCUCUCCAAAGAAAUCGUACGAAUCAAAAAAACACUUUCACAGUCGGAAUUUGCGGUUGAGCUGGGAAUUAUUCCGAGUCUUCAUAUGGCGGCUAAAUGGUGUCGGGGAAGGACGAUACGGAGAGAGGCAAUAGCUCUUUUGUACGGGUAUGGCUCAAGAGAGGGACACUGGGAUAGCAAGACGAUGGCAGAAGUUGACAGAUGUGUGAUGGAGCUGGAAGAGGAAGAUAUCGACACGGAGUAUAUACCCGAAUUUGCAAGAGUCAGGGUGCUAAGCAUCACUUCUGACAAAGAAGGGGGAGACUGGGCUACUGUGGAGUAUGUGAAGGGUUCUCCAAGAACGGGAGAACUGCCUGGAAGGAAGAGAAUCAGGUCUCCUGUAGAACAGAAAGCAAUAUCAGGGAGGGGGAGUGAAGAAAGCGAGACGAGUGUUGCAACUUAUGGCGAAGCUCUGAUAGUUCCGUAUGACUCGGCUGAUAAUGGGCAAAGGGGCGAAGAGCUAUUCAGAAGCUCAGGUGCAACGCCUAUAGGAUAUUUAUUUAACCAGCCACCUGUCAGUAAAUGAUGGAUCAGGAUUUGUAUCAGCACCCAGCUUCACGUAUUACUGUAAGGAUACCUC